AUGGAUUUGUAUACGCAAAAUGAGACAUCCUCCGAGUGCUUCGGAGCGCAGACUUUUGCGCAGCAAAAAGGAGCCGGUAACGGGAGCAUGGGGACAUCAAACAUCACCUGCAGCAACACGUCCACAAUUCUCAUCCCUCAGCGUGUGAGACAGAGAGAUGAGGACCACACACUUCGGAUCCUGCUCUACUCGCUCAUCUUCUUCCUGAGUGUGUUCGGCAACCUGCUGAUCAUCGUGGUGCUGACGGUCAAUAAGCGUAUGCGCACCGUUACCAACACCUUCCUGCUGUCGCUCGCUGUCAGUGACCUGAUGAUGGCUGCUUUUUGCAUGCCCUUCACCCUCAUCCCGAGCAUCCUCAAGGACUUCAUCUUCGGAGCUGCCAUGUGCAAGAUUGUGUCUUACCUCAUGGGCAUAUCAGUGAGUAUCUCUACAUUUAGCCUGGUUGCCAUUGCAAUUGAGCGCUACAGUGCCAUCUGUAAUCCCCUGAAGUCACGGGUGUGGCAGACCCGCUCCCAUGCUUACAGGGUGAUUGCCGCUACAUGGGUGCUGGCCAUCAUCAUCAUGAUCCCCUAUCCAAUAAUCAGUCACCUGGAGUCUUUUCAGCGCGCAGACAACACCACUGCUCACCAGUGUCGCCACAAGUGGCCCCUCGCAAUGGCAGAGCAGGCCUGGUACAUUCUGCUACUGCUGGUGCUGUUCGCUAUUCCAGGCGUGGUGAUGAUUGUGGCGUAUGGACUCAUCUCCAGGGAGCUUUAUAGAGGCAUCCAGUUUGAGAUGGGCCACAAAAAAGACUCUACUGAUGUGAAGAAUGGUCUGACCUCCACUGUUUCUGGUGGAAGUGAGGAUGGUGAUGGUUGCUACAUGAAUGUCCAGCGGCCUCACUCGAUGGAGAUGUCCACCAUGGCGGCAUCUGGCAAGACACUCAAGGCGGACCGGCCACGCAGUAACACAUCGGAGGCGAAGCUGGAGGCCAAGAAGCGAGUUAUCCGCAUGCUGGUGAUCAUUGUUUUCCUGUUCUUUCUGUGCUGGAUGCCACUGUACUGUGUCAACACCUGGCGGGCUUUCGAUGACAUCUCUGCAAAACAUGCCCUCUCAGGGUCACCCAUUGCUUUUAUCCAUUUGUUGUGCUACACUUCUGCCUGCGUCAACCCGAUUAUUUACUGCUUCAUGAACACACGUUUCCGCAAAGCCCUGCUUGCCACUUUCUCUUGCUGUGCUGCACCUUGCCAUCAUCAUCGUCGUCGCGGGCUACGGGACAAUGAGGAGGAUGUUAUGGCAACGGGUGCAUCCAUGUCCAAGUUCAGUUACACUACAGUCAGCACCAUGGGAACCUGCUGA